GUUUUCAAGGUUAUAAAACUGCGUUGUCAUUGUUUCGCGUACAAACACUAAGUUUAUAUUUAUACAGCGUUUUACAUAUUUUAAUCAACAUGAUAACCAGUACUUUAAGUUUCGCUAUGCAUAUACUUCUGUCAUCGUAUAAAAUUCUAGAACCAGUCCGACAAGUAGUCGAAUACGUAUUACCUUAUACUUACAGAAAAAUGGCAAACAAAGCAAUCAAAGGAGGAAUUAAUUUUAAUGGAAAACAUUUGAGAAAAGGUGAUCCAUUGCCUCCUUACAAUGGAAAACUACGUGUUUACAACAUGCGCUAUUGUCCAUACGCACAACGAACUAUUCUAGCGCUGAUUGCCAAAGACAUUGACUUCGAAGUGGUUAAUGUACACUUGUUAGAUAAACCUGAAUGGCUUACUCGUAAAAGUGCUUUUGGCAAAGUCCCAUCAAUAGAAAUAAAAGAAGAUGUAUGUAUUUACGAGAGUUUGGUAACGGUGGAAUAUUUAGAUGAAGUUUAUGAUCAAAGACCGUUAAUAUCAAAGGAUCCGGUUACGAAAGCUUACGACAAAAUCAUUGUUGAAGCAAUUGGACCGUUGCAAACUGUCUUCUUCAAAUUCGUAAAGGCUCCGGAAACAAUCACUGACGAUAAUAUUAUUGCUUAUAAUAAUGCACUGCGAUUUAUUCAAGACCAAUUGAAGAGUCGUGGUACUCAAUUCUUCGGUGGCAAUGGGCCAGGCUACGCGGACUACAUGAUAUGGCCUUGGCUAGAAAGGCUUUACGCUGUCCAAGACACGUAUGAAGCAGCGAAAUUUGAUGGUGCUGAAUAUAAAUUAUUGAAUGAAUAUGUUGAAAACAUGCUGAAUGAUCCAGCUGUGAAAAUUUAUUUGGUGCCCAAAGAUGUGCUAAUGAAAGUUUACGAAGGCUACAGGACCGGGAAAGUACCGGAUUACGACCUUUUAAUGCAAUAAAAUCUCUUUAUAUUUAUACUAAUCCAAUAAAAUGUUAUAAAUUAAAAAUAAAAGCCUUUUUGUA